CUGCACAACAACAACAAAGAGCGAAGAGCAGCAGCAGCAGCCUUUCCGGUCUCUCUCUCACUUUCUCUCUCUAGCCUCCCGUCGCUCUCCGAAUGCGCGGUUCCGUCACGGCAAGAGGAGCUACUAUAUAUGCGGUGAUUAUCAGUUGAGUUUUGAGUUUGAGCAUGCGUGUUGUAGCUGAGGGUUAGUAUUGUAAGUUAAAAGAGUGCAGUGUAUUUGGAGGAUAUGGGGUCUGCUUGUUGUGUUGCUGCUAGGGAUAAGACGAUAACAAACAGAGCUAAUAGUGAGAAUCUGCAUCGUAAUGUUCGGUAUUCACCCACAUGGAGCUUUCGGUGGGAUAAUAGAGUUGGGGUAGCUGGUGAAGAGACUUCUGUAAGUUGGCUUUCUGAUGGGAUUAGCAGGAAUGAUGGAUCUGAAGCUAAAUUUGAGUCGGCUUGUGUAUCGGAAGAGGGAAGUCCGUUGGAACAUGUGCGAAGACAUACCACACAUAAGUCUUUAGUUUCUGAAGGAACUGCUGGGAGUGUGAGAACCCCUGCUUCAGAUCAAUCUAUUUCAGGAAACAUUUCCAUGGAUGCAAGUCUAGAUCAGACAAAGGAGUCAACUGAUUCCCCAACAGUGUCAUAUCCGUCUCCUGCAAAGCUAUCAGUUUCAUUGCCUUCUACUUCAUCCUUGUCUGCGUCCCCAUUGUCAUCCCAAUAUCACCUGCCUCCUGCUAGCUCAACCCCGUCAAAGUGGCCUCGCUAUUCUCCUCGACAUCAGCUAUUAAGGCAAGUAUCUGACAGCCGCAUUCCAGGAAACAAAUCACCAAGCUACCACUCAAUUUCUGAAGAUAGGGUAACGCUCCCCUCAUGGAGCAAUGAAUCAGCUAGGGGAUCCCGUGGUGGGUCGUCAGAUAGUUGGUCUAUGCAUGCAUUUUCUGAGCUCAUGGCCACAUCUAAUAGAGAAAGGUGGUCUUUUGAUAGUGAGUCCUUUGGCUUUAAUCGUGAGAAGAUUACCAGAUCCAGUAGCAGAAUUUCAGCCUCCCCCUCUGUUGAUUUGCAGACAUGUGGGAUUUGCUCAAAGCUGUUAACUGAGAAAUCCUCAUGGAGUGGCCAAAAGUUUAUUGCGAACAAUGAGCUUUCUGUGGUUGCAGUUCUAACAUGUGGGCAUGCUUAUCAUGCUGAGUGUUUGGAGCAUAUGACGCCUGAUAUCAACAAGUAUGACCCAGCUUGCCCUGUUUGCACCUUUGGGGAGAAACAGAUCCAUAAGUUGUCAGAAAAAGCAUUGAAAGCUGAAAUGGAUUUAAAGGCUAGAAAUAGGAGGUCAAGGAAUCGAGUGCUAGAUCUUGAUAGUGAUUCUGUUGUGUUUGAUCGCUUGAAAGGCAGUGGACAUCAAGGAAAGGGUCCUAAAAUGGCAUCCAGUUCCAGCAUGAGAAGUUCCUCGGGAAAGCCUUUUCUGAGACGGCUCUCAUUUGGCUCCAAGAGUGCUCGGACCCUGUCGGAGAAUCAUUCUACCAGAAAGAAGGGGUUCUUCUGGGCAAAAUCUAUAAAGAUGUGAGCAUACGUAGCGAUGUUACAGAUUCCAGUGUUGGGUCUUCUUUUGAAAUCUCAGUUGGAUUGUGAAGAGCACACGUAUCAUGACACUGUAAACUCUUGCAACUGCAUACAGUCUUGACAUUCAACAGGGUUAGCUUUUGGAGUUACACUGUAAAGAUGAAACAUGAAUAUAUAGAACAGUGUUUUAUAGUGAAAAAAAUUAGAAAUGGAAAUUCAUAAACAGUCUAUGUUCUGAUAUUCGUAUUUUGUACAGAUUCUUUUGUUUUUUGCUUGAUUGCAUUCAUACAUGAAUUUAUCAAAUUAUGUAUGGUAGAUGGAUCCUGGACUUGCCAAAUAGCAUUGCCAUCCCUGACUACAACAUACAAGGGUAUAUUGUAAUACACUAUGUGAUUUCUGUUUGUUGUAGAUAUUGAUUAGAGUGAGAGCCUGAGAGGGAGGGGAUAAAACACCUAGAAACUUCAAAAUUUGAUGAUUUGAUUUCAGAAAUCUUAUAU